AUGGCGCCCACCUCUCAAUUGAAAAAACGUGCUACGGAAACGGGAAUGGACAACUUAGAUGAGUCUUUCGUCAAGAUAGGCACUGCUCUUCCAGCUCUCAGUUCCAACAAAGUCGAUAAAAAUGAAUUUGUACCGAUAUGGCAGCAAGAAGUUAAAGACGAAAAAGGACGUAGAAGAUUACAUGGUGCAUUUACAGGUGGAUUUUCUGCUGGAUAUUUUAACACAGUUGGUUCGAAGGAAGGAUGGGUACCAGCCGAGUUUAAAAGUAGUCGUGCAACAAAGAACAAAGCUGAUAAUGAACCCAAAAGGACUGGAGCUUCAAGACCAGAGGACUUUAUGGAUGACGAAGAUCUGGCUGAACUCGAAUCACGCAAAGAGUUGAAAACUAAUUCACAGUUUGACUCAGCAAUUGGAACAUCUUCCGCCUCAUCUACGUUCCAAGCACCUCAAUACGAUCCCUUGACUGGCCAGCUCGAUGCGGUUCCUGAAUCUGGUUCAUUACAUCAACUUGUUGGGCCCUCACGUGCCGAAGCUGCUUUAUCAGACCUAAUCCAACCAAACACCACUAGGAUCGGUCACAAGCUUAUGCAGAAGAUGGGAUGGCGUUCUGGGCAAGGCAUUGGACCUCGAAUCACUUUUGAACGUCAGAGACAAUUGGCUUUGAAACUUGGUGUUCAAAUCACCUCGACCGACGAUGAAGAUGACUCAGAACGUAGAAAGCACCUCUUUCCUCCUUUAGAUCGUCCCUUGACAGCCUUUCAACCUUGGCCUGGUAAUAAUGGACUAGGCUACACCAAGGAUAUGCAUUCACUGGAGUUAGAUAGGUCCUUCAGUAGAGCUGAGACAUCGGCGGCGCCGACUGAAAUUGAUGGGCAGACGAUGCCGAAAGGCGCAUCAUUUGGUCUAGGUGCUCUCAAUGAUCUCGAAGAUGACGACCGUGAUAUCUAUGACUCGGAAGUAAACCAAAUAUCUAGUGAUCCGAGAGCGCGAAGGCUAUUAGUGGUUGACGAACAGGUCACGACACAUCGCGGAUCAAAAUCUCAAUCUCGACAAUCGCGCCCUCCUCAAAAGCCAAUACAUCAAGCCCAGACUAACUUUUCGGACGGCACCCGCAUACCCAAGGGUUUUCGACUCGUACUAUCUGAUGCACGGGGCGAUAGGACAAGUGAUGCUUGGUAUCCUGCUCCGAAAGUACCAGAGUCGUGGGAACCGAAUCCUGGGAAAGUGCUGAGCAAGAAUACGACCGCUGAGCCAGUCCCUAAACCUUCUGGACAUGCCUCCAAGUCGUUAACUGCGGGUGACCGUGGUAGACUCUUGGGUGAGAAGCAGCUACCAAAGUCUGUUUUUGACUUCAUAUCAGCAAAAGAUAAAUCUCGAUUGGAAAAUAUGAAGCAGCACGUUUUGGCUCAAGCUUCUGGACAAUCCGAGUCAUCAGGUGUUUCUAGCCACGUUCUCCCAACGCCCGAAUCGUCUAUCACUAUCCCUGACUUACCACCAGCCAUCGCUCAAGCUGCCCUGCGUGGCUUUAUGCCUUUCUCACAUGACUUGUCUAAGCAAAAGCGAUAUCAAGUGUAUUUACAAUCUCAGGCCGGCCUUUUAUCGGACGGGGUUGUCUUCUCGCCUAAACCGAAGCCGGGAGAAAGCGUCGACCAGAUUACCAAGGAACUAGAAGGUUUUGCCAAGAGUGCUAUGAUGUUUAAGCCAAUGAGUGCCGUGAUGGCGUCACGAUUUACAUCUGCUGCCAGUACCAUCGCUAGCGGAGAACUUUCCACCCCCCAACCAGGUCUGAGGCAACCCGUUUUCUUAGACCAAGAUACGACACCAUCUAUUGACCCAUCAGCCGACGAUGCAUCGACUUCCAAUAAGGUUGAGGAAGAGCUUAGUCAAGCUGCGCAAGCUGUUCGAAUGGAUAUGUUUGGCAUGUUAACUCGAACAACCUCAACCUUUUAUCCACAGAAGCUACUGUGUAAAAGAUUGAACGUCCCUAAUCCAUAUCCGCACGGCGAGGCCAUCGAAAUCAAACCGAAAGUAGCAUCAAAUAGCAUGAGUGAUUUCAUGACUGCGCAUGGCUUCUUACCUGCCACUAUUGAAUUAGAAAAGAAGGAAUCUCCUAAAGAAGAUGAACAGUCAGGCGAUUGGGUCACUCGAAAAGUCAUCGAUGGACCAGCAAAGUCAUUGGACCAAGUCGGUUUGGGUGACGAUGAUACACAAGGCCGCGAUAUACUUACCACUACCCGCCCUGCUAUCGAUCUCUUCAAAGCCAUAUUUGCAGAUGAAAGCGAAGACGAAACUGCUGAAGAAGAUCAGUCAUCAUUACCUUUGCAAAACAAGACUUCUCAUGACGUAGCUGUAUCAGAGCCUCUACUAGAGACGAAUCAUUCACAUCAAUCUCUCGAUCAGAACAAAUCAGUUUCAUCUGCCUCUACUAUUGUAGCUCCUAUCCCAUCACACACGCCUAAAGUUGUCGAUCCUGACGAGUUACACAAGUUGGCAAGUUUUCGUCCUACCUUCCUACGCAAGGGUGAUAAAGACAAAGAUGAAGAAACAAGUAGCAAGAAAAAGAAUAAAGGCAAAAAACGAAAGGUAUUGAUGUCAUUUGAGGAUGAUGAAGUUGAGCCUAUCAAAGAGGACUCCAAGAUCAAAAAGAAAAAACCUAAGCCGAAACAAGACGAGUCAAUUGCUUCAAGUAAGAAAAUCAGUGAUCCUAAAGAUAAGCAUCGUAUGUCAGAUUCCCGGAAGACAAGCCUGGCAAGUGGUAAACGGGAAAGACAAGAGGAUUUGGAUGAUGAAUGGGUUGAAAAGACUGAUAUACCAGAGCCUAAAGUUCUGAAGCAGGCUUCUGUCGUCGUUCCGAUGUCAGAUAAGAAACUAGAUACUAUAGCUCCUAACCGACGAGUCCGUGCUAGUGAUCUGAUGGAUGAUUGA